CUCGACGCGAUCCGAUCGGGAAAUCGCGUCUCCGGGAGCGUCGAUAGACCUCGGCUGCAGGAUCGAAAUCGGCCAUCUCGAGCACCAGAUGAGUAUAUCCUUAGGAAAAUCCGUACAAACAGGCAGUUUCCAAGCGAGCGCCGUCCGAACCGGUUCGCCACGUUGUUGCAUCCUUGCCCGAAGGUCCCCCUGCAAAGUUUCGAAGGACCUCGGAAGGACGGUGCCGAUUUCAUCAAAUUUUUUUCAAACACACAACGCUCGCAUACUGCGCAUAGGCUCAGUCGACGAUGAAGGUCGCGGCCUUGGUCCUUGGAUUUUUCGCCACGUCGACGAUCUCGAGGAGCGUAAGGGCCGAGCCUUAUGCCGAGGACACGCUAGUCAAGGCCCUCUUCAAGGUGAAGAAACGGCACGAAGACUGGAGCUACUUGGAACAGUGUGGAGUCGUCAAGUUCUGGAGAAACGAGCAGCCAGGAGUCGUCAGUGUCCUGGCCUUCCUGGACGCAUCCUGGAAGUUCAGCCACGGACAGGCGACCAUGCUGAGGUUGCUGAGGGAUCGUUUCGAGAGGUCCGGACUUUACGACGUGCGCUUCUUCGUGGUAAACGCGAUUUCCUCGACGUCCUCUCCCGAGGACGAAGAGGAAAGGGAAGUCUGGGAAGAGGUUUCGCCUUUUGAGGACGAUUUCCAGCUGAGAGAGAAUUCUGUCGAGGCUCUGAUGAAGGAGGCGGGUCCAGACAUCCUGAUGAUCCAGGACACGGAGGAUCUUCGCAUUUGGGAGGAAUUACACGCCUCCAAGGAUCAGAUCGCGGUCGUCGACCGGUGUGGCAGGUUGACUUAUCAAGUAAUCGUCCCUUGGAGCAUUUUGCAUUUCCCCUACGUGAAAGCAGCGAUCCUUUCGACAUACGAGGACGAUCCUUGUGGCACCUGUAACCGAACGAGCGAAAGUCCCACAGUGGAACCCAUCGAUCAGCAAAGUCCGGACAAUUUGAGACUGGAAAAUGAGGAGCAUAAUUUCCUAGACGAUGGAAAUUACCAUACCACGUCAUUUAGUUACAAGUUGUCGGAAAAUUUGGCUGACACCACGGUAACAACUUCCGAGGACGCCACAAAAAAUUCAGAAGUCGAAUUAUCGACGACAAAAGGUGGCAAAGAUCCAGAAGUAACGACACCCAGUUUUAACAUCGCUGGCGAUUCCGAUGAGAAAUUGGUACAGGAAAAAAAUGAGGGAGAAAGAAUCAAUGAUCUCAGCACAGAAAAUAAUGUCAACGAAGAGACGACGAGAUCGUACUUUUCCUCAGAAUUCGAGAGCGAGGACGUGACCGAUUUUCGUACCGAAGAUCUCACCGAGGUGGAUACACCCUCUACGAGAAAUUCGGAAAUCGGAGAUCCUCUUACUGAAAAUACGGCUAUCGAAGUGGAUUUCCAAACCGAAGAGCCCAGAAUGACGGUGGAUACUUCUACGGAGAUCGAUAAUUUCGAAGUCGAGCCUAUAACGACGGACACGUCCCUUGAAAUGAAUUUUGAAGAAACGAGCACCGACCAAGACGCUCUUCUGGAGGAUGUCGAAGAAGUCAAAGAGAACUUCGUCGAAGUGCCUUCUCUAUUGUCCAGUCUCGAAGAGUCUCGCGAAGAAGAACAAAUAAAUUCGGAGGAACACGAUACGAAGCAUGUAGUGGAUGAUUUUUCUGAUCCUGAUGACGUCAUGCCGAUUCGGAUAAUAAUGCACGCUCCGCAUUUGCAUGAGCGAAAUCACGCGAUAAAGAAGCACGAAUAUUUAGUCUUGAAGACAGGAGUACCGGACUAUCACGAGCACCUCGACCCGGGAGAGGAAAUUGAAUUGAGCCACAGAAUUCCAGGUUUUAAAAAGCUGGAUAAAUUAAGCAUGAAAGAGCUGGCCGCAGAUUUGGGCUCGGAGGAGGUCAACGAGGAAGGAAAAAAGGGAACACGGAGGAAGAAUGGAGUUCUGUUGGAUAUUUUUGGUAACGACGAAAGUCCAGGAUUUUACGGGGAAGAUGCCGACUAUUGGCGGAAUCAUGGAAACGUGGAGUACCAUGAAGGAAUUCAGACAUUGCGGCCUGACAUUAAUCAAGCUUAUGUACGGAACGACGAAGAUUCGCCGACAAGAGCACCGGAUUUGAUCGAGGAUGUAUUGAAUGGUAAAAGUAAUUUCGUAGACAUGAAAAAACCGAUCUACGGACUUAAUGACAAUGACCAGACGCGGGAAGAAUCGGUACAAAUGUUUGGAACCGAGGAAGCGAUCGGUGGCGAAGACGAUGAAGACAUCGAUCCGGGAGAGGAAGAGAUUAAAAGUAGAUUAAUAGCUCAUUACAGUAAAUUACUACCAUGGAUAUAUUACGUACUUGAUUAGUAUGCUAAAGUGGGCUUAACGAUCCAGAGAAUUAACUGAAAAGUAACGUGGAAUAAGAUUAUAAAAUAUAUUUCACGUGCAAUUCAUAAAACAUAUUUUUAUAUACCUAAUUAUAGAUAUAGCAAUAUAUCUUUGUUUCACGUUACCG